AAAGAGGAGGAAAACAAGGCAGUAGAACAAGAAGCCGGUAAAGCAGACAGCAUAGACUGAGAAGAAUGGAGAACCAGAGUGGUGAGAAGACUGAGGAUGAACUCCGCAAAGAACUUGAAGCUCUUCAACGACAACAACGCGAGAUUACUGAGCGUAUUAGAGAUCCAAGAGGACUUCGUCGUGGCGGAUUCUCAGGCAAUGCUCAAAGGAACAAUCUUCCUAAUCAACGUCCUUUCACUCGACCUGGUGAAAGGUUUAAUUCAAAGGACGAGCCUCCUCCGAAGCGGCGAUUGAGUUCUGCAGUUGUUAAGGUGGAAGAUGGAGAGGUUGUUGAAGAAGAAAUCGCAGUCCGUUACAUGCAAAGUGAGGAUCCUGUUCCUGGUGUUUCUGGUCCAAUGGCAAAGAAUGAUCAAAGGUCUUCAGUUUCACAGCAAAAUCGUCCAUUUUCUGGAAAAAUCGGCAAUCAACAAGUGGAUAAUGGGCUUGAUCAUCAAGUUAAGGAGGUUCCAAGAGUGUUGCCAAAAGAUGAGGAUCCAAGGUUGGUUAAUAGGAAUCGAAGGAUGCUAGGUCAACUUUUGGGGACCCUGGAGAAAUUUAAGAAGGAAGACAUGAAGCUUUCAGGGACCGAGGCAUACAUGCGAAGAUCAGAUUCCUUGCAAAGAGCGGAGCAAAAGGCACGCGAAGAAAGUGAAAGGCUGCGACAACAGGAGCGUGAAAAAAUUGCUGAAAAUAGGAAGCGUGAUUUGGUACUCAGGGCUCGUGUAGCUGCCAAGACUGAAGAGAAGAAGAUGGAAUUGCUAUUUCUUCAAUGGAGCGAGCACCAUAAGAAGCUUACAAAUUAUUUAAGGACAAAAGCGGAGCCCCCCAUUUAUUACAUGCCAGCCAAGCCUAUUGACGAAAAUUCAGCAUUAAAUGAUGAAAAGAAAGAACAGGCAUUUCUGGAAUGGAAGGUUGCCAGGAGAGAGGAGCUUUCUGCAUAUCAGAAAGAAGUUCAUGAUCAGUAUAUUGCAAACGUUGAAAGGGAUCUCGAAAGGUGGUUGACUGCUAGAAAAUCAAGAAAUGCAAACAAUGAUGCAAACUUGCAGGAAACCAUGGACAAAGAGUUGGAAACACAUAGGCUGGAACAUGGGCCUAAGGCACGGAAAAUACCAGAUGCCAAUAAUGAAGAUGAAGAGGAGGUUGAAGAUAUAAACGUUGGCGAGGAUGAUAUGAUGGAUGAUAUCCUUGACCUUGAUGAGACUGAGAGAGUUGAUGAACAGAACAAGCGUGAUGAGGACGAUGGUAAUCCUUCUUUAAGCGUUGUGGAGUAGGGGAAUUAGAGGCAUAACGUUCUAAACUGAUUUUUGUUUGGCUUGUUUGCUCUUAGCUUAUUUUUGCAGCCAUGAUGUCUUUGGAUUGUUACCCUUUCUAGUCAAUCGAAUACUUGAUGCUUGUUUGUGGACAUUCCAUUUAAACCGAACUGGUUCUCUCUCUGAAGGCUAGACUGCUAGAGUUGUGCAUUACCUGUACAAGUUAUACUAAGGGGUGUUUGGUAUAGAAAA